AUGCCCAUCCCUGCCUUCUGGGUCCACCCUCCUCCUCUUUGCCUGCUGCUGACUCUACUCCUGAGACUCCCAGGAGCGGCAGGUGAGGGGGAGCUGCAGGUGAUUCAGCCUGAGAGGUCAGUGUCAGUUGCAGCAGGAGAGACGGCCACUCUGCACUGCACCCUGACCUCCCUGAGGCCUGUGGGGCCCAUGAAGUGGUUCAGAGGAACUGGGCCAGGUCGGGAGUUAAUCUACAGUCAAAAAGAAGCCCCCUUCCCCAGAGUAACAAAUGUUUCAGAUGUCACAAAGAGAAACAACAUGGACUUUUCCAUCCGCAUCAGUAAUAUCACCCCGGCAGACACUGGUGUCUACUACUGUGUGAAGUUCGGGAAAGGAGAACAUGGUGACGUGGAGUUUAAGUCUGGACCAGGCACUCAUCUCACUGUGAGUGCCAAGCCCUCUCCGCCCAUGGUAUCCAGCCCUACAGUGAGGGCUACACCUGAGCAGACAGUGAGCUUCACCUGCACAUCCCACGGCUUCUCCCCCAGAAACAUCUCCCUGAAAUGGUUCAAAAAUGGCAAUGAGCUCUCAGCCUCCCAGACCAGCGUGGACCCACAGAAAGACAGUGCUUCCUAUAGCAUCAACAGCACAACCAAGGUGCUGCUGGCCCCAGGGGACGUUCACUCCCAGGUCAUCUGCGAGGUGGCCCACGUCACGCUGCAGGGGGGCCCUCCUCUCCGUGGGACUGCCAGCUUGUCCGAGACCAUCCGAGUCCCACCCAUCCUGGAGAUUACCGGAUACCCCCCAGCGGGGAACCAGGUGAACGUCACCUGUCAGGUGAACAAGUUCUACCCCCAGCGCCUACAGCUGACCUGGUUGGAGAACGGAAAAGUGUCCCGAACAGAACCGGCCUCGACCCUCGUAGAAAACAAGGAUGGGACCUUUAACCAUACAAGCUGGUUCCUGGUAAACUCCUCUGCCCACAGGGAGGCUGUGGUGCUCACCUGCCAGGUGGAGCAUGACGGGCAGCCGGCGGUCUCCAAAAACCAUACCCUGGAGGUCUCUGCUCCCCAGAAGGACCAGGACACAGGUCAAACCCCUGGUCCAGAGCUGUCUUCUCUUUGGGCCAUUGUCUUCCUAGUCCCCAAGGUGCUGCUGCUGCUCACUGUAUCUGCCAUCUUUGUCCACAGGAAGUGUUGA